CUACUACUCCACUUCACCGUGUAAAGCCAUGGACCGCCAUCCUCUGUCCGCCGACAGCUUGCGCGCGCAGCGAGGGCGUGCAAACUUGAAGGCGACGCGCUAUAAUACUACUCACUGGCCUCGCUGACCUCCUCACUCUCAUCUGCUCCGUUGUGUUCACCUCGCCGCUGUAUCGACUGUUAUUUCCGACUCUUCAGAAACUUUAGACCACUAGACCACCUCUCCCGACCACUUCCAAGCACACAGCAUGAUCGAGCCUAUCGAGGCCGAAGCAGCCCGCCCACCCAUUUUCAACGCGCAGCAGGAGGAGACGCUGCGCGACGAGCCAGUCGAGCGCGAUGGCGCCAUCACCGGAAGCAACCACUCGGAUACCCACACAUUGCACGAACACGUCGAGGCUGAGAAGGCCAAGGGUCGCAUCAUCGUUGACUUUGAGCCGGGGAGUCGCGAGGACCCACGCAACUGGGGCAAGGGCCGCAAGUGGUUCUGCACCCUCUCGUGCGCCCUUCUCUGUCUCACCGUCGCCCUUGGGUCGGCCAUGCCAACGGGGGACCUCAAGUCGCAGGCCAACACCCUCCACGUCUCAAUGGAGGCCAUUUUCCUCAGCAUUUCGCUCUUCGUUCUGGGCUUCGGCGUCGGUCCUCUCAUUUUCGCGCCUCUCUCCGAACUUAUCGGCCGCAGGCCCGUCUACUGCAUCUCCAUCUUCUUCUACUUUAUCUUCACCUUGCCAUCGUGCCUGGCGAAGAACAUCGCCACCAUGCUCGCCGGCCGCAUGAUCGCAGGUAUCGCCUCCUCCGCACCCAUGACCAACGUCGGAGGCUCGAUCGCCGACGUCUGGGCCGUCGAGGAGCGCGGCAUCCCCAUGGCCAUUUUCUCCUCCACGCUGUUCAUGGGCCCAUGCCUCGGCCCCCUCUUUGGCGGCUGGAUCGCACUCCGCACCGGCAACUGGCGCUGGAUUUACUGGGUCCUCUUUAUCCUCUGCGGCGUUGUCUCGGCAUUCACGUUCAUCAUGCCCGAGACGUACGCGCCCAUCCUCCUCCGCCGCAAGGCCGCCAAGCUCAACAAGGAUAACAACACGAACGUCUACGUUUCCAAGCACGACCUCGACACCGUCCCCUUCAAGCAGCAGCUGAAGACGUCACUCCUCCGCCCCUUCAUCCUCAUGUUCUGCGAGCCCAUCAUCCUCUUCAUGUCGUUCUACCUCUCUUUCAUCUACUCCCUACUGUACGCGCUCUUCUUCGCUUUCCCCAUCGCGUUCGAGGAGAUCCGUGGCUGGAACAUCGGCAUGACUGGCGUCUCGUUCGUCUCGAUCAUCAUCGGCAUCGGACUCGCCAUGCUCUCCAUGCCCAUCCAGGAGCGCAUUUACGCUCGCCACUGCAAGAACGGCCCCGUCCCCGAGGCCCGCCUCUACCCCAUGCUGAUCGGCGCCAUCGUCAUGCCCAUAUCGCUCUUCGUGUUCGCAUUCACCUCGUACAAGGGCAUCCACUGGAUCGGCCCCGCCGUCUCAGGUGUCAUGUUCGGUUUCUCCAUGCUGGUCAUCUACAUCUCGGCCAAUUCUUACAUUGUUGACUCGUACUCCAACUACGCCGCUUCGGCCGUCGCCGCCAAGACCUUCAUGCGUUCGUGCAUCGGUGCCUCGGUCCCUCUUUGGAUUACCCAGAUGUUCCACAACAUGGGCUUCCAGUACGCCGGUCUUCUUCUCGCGCUCAUCGGCUGUGUCAUUGCUCCCAUCGCGUACAUCUUCUUCUUCAAGGGUGGCCGCGUGCGUGAGCGCUCGAGCCGUGCGACCAAGGGGUAAGGCUUGUUAGCUCCAGAAACCUGCCUCCAACAAGGCGCCGGAGCGCCCAAUCUCCACACUGCAUUUCCUACGCAACACCAGCAUAGCAUCUAUAGACCCAUCAUGCAUUAGCGGUAUAAUAUCGACUCGGUG